AUGAUGCACUGCCCCGGCACCCGUCCUCCCUCUACGUCCCCGUCAACCACGACGGAGAGCGACACCACGGCUCUGGACACCACUGCUCCAUCCCUUACUCCUGCUACAAGCAUAUCUGGGCCCGUCAGUCCUACGGGACGCGAAGACAGGCCUGAAGACUGUGUAAAAGAGUUCAGGAAUUCAAGACGCGUGACGCGUCCCUUGGGAAGUCCGAAAUCAGACCGCGCAAACCAGGGCCUAGACCAUAAAGAAAACCGUCGGAAUGAAUUGUGUAGCUUUAAAAAUGGACUAUUUGAAAAUGACGCGCUUUGGGUUCAAGGCGGGCGGGACUUCUCGUCUCAUUUUGAGCGCCUUACGGACAUGGAUUCUGAUGGAGUACGGAAAGAGGAGCCUCGGGAGAGUAUGAAUUUGAACAGAAUUGCGGAUUUUGAAACUUCAUUUAAUAGCUGUGUUGAAAGCCCUACAUUGGUCCCCAAAUGCGGCGUCCGCUCCAGGCAAGUUAAGACGUCGGCGGCUACAGAGGAGGCAUCAUCAAGGAACGGAGCAAAGAGCGAAAAUGCAGCCAGAAGAUCCAAGCGCCUAAGUGCUCUUAAGGACAGUGCGGAUGCCGCGAAUGACAAUGACUCUGCGCUAGGGAAACGAACACUUGACACGACAUCUAAAGGCCAGGAUAAGGUUGAAAUGCCUAAUAGACGGCCUAAGCUAAGACCUAGAAUCGAAGGUCAGAUUCACUCUGAAUCUCCUUCUAGUGUACAAGCUCCGUCAACUAAGAAAAGGCGAGUCUCUGAAGCUGUUAGCCCUGGCUUAUCACCUGCAACGUCUAGCCAAUCUGUUGUCAAGGAACGCAACUUAGGUAUCCACAAGAAGAAAGAGUGGCUUAAUCAAGGCUUAUAUGCUGGACAAAACCCCGUAAAUUCUUCCACUCCAAGGUCAAAGCGAGCUCGAACAAACACAAGGAAAGGGGAGAGCCAAAAUGCGGCAGUAUUCCCACUUCCGAUCUAUGCUGGUGCAAGGCUUUUGGAGGCUGGUCGUGCCUUUAAGCUUCCAUUUGGUGUUUUCUCUCCUCUCCCGCAUAAGCAGCCCAAGCCUAAUGAAUGGAGAAAAGCGAAUAAAAAUGUAUUCGUCGGUGACGCGGCGUCGAUAUGGAAAGCUUCCAAGCUCAAAGAGCACUCAACAUGCACCUGCACGAAAGAGUCGGGAUGCGAUGAAAACUGCCAAAAUCGGUAUAUGUUUUAUGAAUGUGAUGAUACAAACUGUAGGCUGGGCCCGGAAGUCUGUCGGAAUCGAUCUUUUGGUGAACUACGAAGGCGCUGUAAGGCUGGAAGCAAGUUCAAUAUCGGUGUAGAAGUCAUCAAAACGAGCAACCGCGGUUACGGAGUCCGAAGCAAUCGAUCCUUUGACCCGAAUCAAAUAAUCAUAGAGUACACAGGGGAGAUUCUUACCCAAGAGGAAUGUGAACGGCGGAUGAGAACCGUUUACAAGAAGAGUGAGUGUUACUACCUCAUGCAUUUUGACCAGAGCAUGGUCAUUGAUGCCACGCGUGGCUCCAUUGCUCGUUUUAUCAACCAUUCUUGCGAGCCUAACUGUAGGAUGGAAAAAUGGACUGUAGCUGGCAAACCCCGCAUGGCACUCUUUGCGGGAGAGGAUGGAAUUGUGACUGGAGAAGAGCUAACAUAUGACUAUAACUUUGACCCGUAUUCUCAAAAGAAUGUUCAGGAAUGCCGAUGUGGUGCGGUAACGUGCCGGGGGGUGCUAGGCCCAAAGCCUAAGGACUAUAAAAAUAAAGGAGUUGAUGUUAAACGGAAAAGACCAGCACAAACGAUACCCACUACCGCAACUGCUGCUUCAAGGCGCAAAAGGAUGACACGGAAAUAUUCAAAAUCAACGCCCAUGAGGGCAGAAAACAAAAAACUAGCACCUAGAAGUAGACUAACCACACAACCAACGAAGUUGAAAACGAAUAUCAGAGCUGCCAAAGCAGGUACCGGGAACUUUAAACCUACGACUCUUCCGGUCAAACGUCGCGGCCGUCCCCCUUCUGCCGGUACAUCUUUAAAAACCAAUGAGAGAGUUAAGAAGCAAACUAAGCAAGUGAAUGAGAGCGUGAUCCUGUCCUCCGACAGGCAGGCAAAUUCUAUUGCCGCCGCGCGUUGCUCGAAUAGUACUCCAGCAGUAAUGAAAAGGUUCUUGGAAGCAGCUGGGGGUCCAACGCUGAGAGCAACGCCCAGCCUGACAUCCCGGAAUAAAAGAACGAACGUACCAAGGCAUGAUAGUCCUGGUGCAAUUGCUGGAAAACCGCUUAUUGCUAGGCCUAGAGGCCGCCCUAGAAAAGUCGCUUUAAAGGGAUAG